AUGUACACUUCACAAUUCGCACUCGUCGCUACUUUGGCAGCUUGGGUCUCGGCACACGGUGUCGUCACUGAGAUCCAGGGAGCGAACGGCGUCAAUAUGCCAGGACUUACAGUCGCUGACGGUACACCGCGUGACUGUUCGUCGAACGGCUGCGGUUCUCAGGCAGAUACCGCCAUCAUUCGUGACCGCGACAUCGCAAGUGGCAAGGCGACUCCUCUCGGACGCACGCAGGGCAAUGGCCCCGUCGAUGCCUCCGUCAUGGUCGCAGCUUUCAUGGGAUCUGGUACAGCACCGCCCACUAACCAGGGCGCCUCAGGCAGUGUCGGCGUCGAGGACAACCUGCCCGAGAAUGCCCAGGGUGGUGCUGGUGCCGGAGCCCGCAGGCGUCAGCUGCUCGGUGGACUGUUUGGUGGAGGUGGCGGCGGCGGCGCUGGCGGUGCUGCUGGCGCGACUGGUAUCGCAGGUCUCCUGGGUGGAGGUGGUAACAAGGCAGAGGGCCCACCCGAGGCUCGCGUUGCCGCCGCUCAGGGUGCAGGUGCUUCUACUGGCCUCCCGACGUGCGCAGAUGACGGUACAGUCACUAUGACACUUCGCCAGAUUAACCAGGAUGGUGCUGGUCCAUUCACUGCCGAUGUCGACGGCACCAGUGGAGGAACCGAUGAAGCUGCCAUGCAGUCGGCGACUGUCACCAAAGACGUUCCCGGUCUUGGUGUCCAGGGAAUCUCUCUUGCCACUAGCACCGAGUUCGAGAUGAAGGUUCAGAUGCCUCAGGGCAUGACUUGCGAUGCCACUGUUGCCGGAACCCCUAACGUCUGCGUCAUGCGCGUCCGCAACGGUGCCGCCGCUGGUCCUUUCGGUGGCAGUGUCGCCUUUACUCAAGGCACUGCUGCCAGGAAGCGAGCCAUCGCUUACAAGCUGAAGAAGCGCAUGGAGCUCUCUCGCAAGAACUAA